AUGGAAGAAAAGAAUGAGACCACAGUGCUUGAGUUUCUCUUCCUGGGCCUUACAGAUUACUUCCAUCAGAAGAUUAUCCUCUUCAUCAUGUUUUUUUUUGUUUAUCUUGUCACCCUGGCAGGUAACGUGGGUAUGAUCAAUCUCAUAUGGGUGGACGCAAGGUUGCACACACCUAUGUACUUUUUCCUCAGCCAGCUGGCUUUUGUAGAUGUGUGCUCUUCUUCCUGUGUAGCCCCCAAAAUGCUGUGUGACAUUUUUGCAGAGAAGAAAGCCAUCUCUUUUAUGGGUUGUGCAGCACAGAUGUGGUUUUUUGGUCUAUUUGUGACAACUGAUUGUUUCCUCCUAGCUGCCAUGGCCUAUGAUCGGUAUACGGCCAUCUGUAAGCCCUUACUAUAUAGUCUCAUUAUGUCCAAGAGGGUCUGUGUUCAGUUUGUAAUAGGACCUUAUCUUCUAGCUGCUAUAAACAUUACAACUCACACAACCUUGACCUUUUGUCUGCCGUUCUGUGGUUCAAAUACCAUCAACCAUUUCUUCUGUGAUGUUUCCCCACUGCUUUCAUUAGCAUGUGCUGACACAUGGAUUAACAAGGUAGUGUUUUUUGUCCUGGCUGGAGUGAUAGGAAUUCCCAGUGGCUUGAUAAUCAUAGUCUCCUAUGUGUGCAUCCUGGUGGUUAUCUUGGAGAUCAAGACUGCUGAUGGGAGACAGAAAGCUUUCUCCACAUGUUCUUCUCACCUGGCAGCUGUCUCAAUUCUUUAUGGGACUCUUUUUUUCAUUUACGUUCGGCCUAAUGCGAGUUCUUCCCCGGAUAUUAAUAAAGUGAUCUCUUUAUUUUAUACUGUGGUGAUCCCCAUGUUGAAUCCCUUCAUCUAUAGCUUGAGGAACAAAGAGGUGAAAAAUGCACUUAAGAGAAUAUUGGAGAGGAAGUACUUCUUAGCAGGUGCUUAA